GAAGACGAUUGGCUGGCGGACUUCCGUGUUUUGCGGAGCACCAUGGCAGGAGAACCGUGGAAUAGGGUAAACAUUCCCUUUCCGAGUGCCGUUUCUAGCGUCCGUAUACAUUUUAGCCCCAAAACAGAUGUAAAUGUGGAAACCCUUUUGGUGGAAAACGGGAAGGUCCUCAAGCUUAUUCGCAGUGAGAUUCUUCAAACGGAGAUAAGACUUCUCUACGAGCUGAUCUACGUCCUUAAUAACAGCUACAGAGGCAAUAAGACGUUCAAAGGCUUAAAGCAGGUUGAACAAUGCAUAAACAGGCUGAAGAAUAUGAAGCUCGAUGUUGCUCUUCAGGAACUGACAGAUCUAUGUCCCAAUAGGAUUCAAAGAGAACUGAGCGUCAAGUCUGGUGAAUGUGAUGUUCCGAGUCAACCCAUGCUGGAGUGGCUCUGUCUCAAAGUGCUGGGAGCUGCACACCUGAUGAGCUGCACCUUGAAUCGCUGCAGCAGAGCUUUUGUACUCUCAAAGCAGCAGAUGAAAUGGGAGGAGUUUGUGAUCUUGAAUGUGGUGAUAACCAGCUUGCUCAGUCGGCUCUGGGUGAUUUUCCGUGGGGUCCUGGCCAGUCUGUCCACUCUGUAUCAGCAGCUCCUGGAGUUCCUUAGAGAAGUAGCUCACCUUCAGCCCAUGCCCUUCCUCAAAAGCUUCUCCCUGCCAGGAGAUAUGGCAGAGUUCCUGGGUCCCUCUCAUGCAUUGUUACUGACCAAAUGGCGAACACGUGGUCUCCAUGCCAAAGACCACAAGGAAAAGCAGCAGAGUAGGAAGAAAUCUUCUGUUAAAGUCAAGAACCAGGGACGGACAAGGAAGGUGAAAGAAGAUCUGGGUGUUGCUAUCGAAAGAGAUCUGGCUCUCAAUGCUGACAUGAAGCCUUUUCUGAAGAGUUUCAGGAAUUUAACAGAGGAACCACACAAAGCUGAGAAGAAACAAAUGUUCAAGAAACGAGUAAGAGAAGCUGCUACUUUCACAAACAUGGUGACCCAUCUCGAAGAAAUGAUCCUAUGGUGCAAAUCCCAAAAGAUGGAAAAGGAAAAACAUCUUUUAACCUUCCUGCGUUUAAAGUGCCAAAGGAUGAAAUGCCUCGAGACAGCAGGUUACAACGUCCAGCGGAAGUUGCGGAGCUUCAGACAGGAAGUUUGCUGGGCUUUCUCUCCUCAAGGGGUAAUGCCAAAUGCCUGUCGGUCUUCUGCUGCUGUGAGGAAGAAUGCUCACCUGAGAACUCGUUUUCAGUCACUCAGGAGGCGAUUGAAGUCUCCUACAGUCAGCAUUGGUGUCAAAAAGAAACAGGUGAAGAGACGAAGGAAGAGGACUGAGUUAUCAGUGUCUGGACCUUCAGAGGACGACAAGAGAAGCAGGAUUAUACAUGAAGCAACAGCUCAGACCACUGAUUGCAACAGCCAUGAUGACAUAGAUGAUAUAUUUGCCUCUGCAGGUUUGUGACACUUCUGAAUUAAACACAUGUAUGCAGCAAAGCUGAGUUCAGUGUAUGACACAUUCCUCUGUUUUAAAAGGAAAUAUGGAUGAAAUUUAAUGAAUUACUGUAUGAGAACUGAUGAGUGUAUGUCAUUUCUAUGAGAUUUAAAACAUGUUUUGGAAAAAUGGAACAAGCUGCCUGUGUCACUCAAGCUAAACCCAGUUGAGAGGAGUUUUAAAUCAGAUCUCAAGAAAUGGUUGUUAAAUAAUUUGUAGAUGUACAAAUGCUUGAGGUUUUACUGUCUGAUUGAGUUUUUUUAAGUCUAAUGUUAUUCUUGCUUUACACUGUCUUAUUCAGUCUGCCAUCUUAUACUGCAAUAGAAGACCACAAUAAGCUCUAGGGUUUUUUUUGUGUAUUUUAAUCCUCUACAGUUUUAAAAAUUGUAUGUGGAGCCUGUCUUUGUGAUCAGGCUGUCAUGUAUGUUUUAAAUUUUGUCAAAUAAAUCUAUCUAUCUGUA